GAGACACUGAUGGUGCAACGCUUGUGCCCGCAGCUCCCGGCGGUGUUCGAGGCCGUGGCAGUGUGUUUCACGCGGGAGGAGUGGGAGCUGCUGGACGAUGAAGGCAAGGAGCUUUACCGGGACCAGAUGCUGAGGCAUUCCCAAGCCCUCGUUUCCCUGGUUCCCUGGUGAUGGACUACCCUGUGUCCCAGAAAAGGGUUUCAUCGUCAGCCAUCGUCCUGGAUCAUUUUCACUGCCUCGAGUCCUGGUGUCAAACCUUCAGUGAGAACAAACUCUUUGCUACUCCUUUGCCUGGAUUCACACUAAUAAGGAGGUGCCUGGCUGCCUUCCCAAGCUGAGCAGCAGCCUCCUGGGAAAGGGCCUGCAAACCUGGAGCCCCCACAAACUUGCCCAGGGAGUCGGGGUGAGAUGGACGCCCUGAGACCUGAGGAGGACCGAUGGCCCCAGAGUGAGGGGAGGGCCCCAGAGCAGACGGAGGUUGCAGCAGUGGACCAGGUAGCGUCUCCAGUUGGCCAUGAGAGUGGGGAAGAGCCAGAAGCCAGAGGGAGCCCCGAGUGCAAGGACGAAUUUGUGGAGCUGAGCGAGCUGGAGAGCCACAAGGUCAAGUUGCAGUGGAGAGAGAGCCUGCGUCCGAACCAAGGCAGUGGGGAGAGCCUCGGGGGGAAACAGGAGCUCGCUGCCAUGUCCCAGGAGAAAGCCCAGCCCUGCCCCAAGUGCAGGAAAACCUUUAUGUGCCCCUCACUCCUGGCUUUGCAGAAGAUGAGGCAGUCUGGGGAGAAGCCCCACAUGUGCGCAGAGUGCGGGAAGAGCUUCCCCUGCCUCUCGACCCUGAGCGCUCACCGCAGGGUGCAUUGUGGAGCGCCCACCCACCGCUUCACCCAGCGUGGGAAGAGCCUGGUGUGCAGCCCAGAGCUGGUCAAGCAGCAACCUGUGCGGAGCGAGCAGCUUCGGUACCUCUGCGUCCCGUGUGGUAAGAUCUUCAGCCACUUCUCGUCCCUGGCUCAGCACGGGAACAUCCACUUGAGGAGGACGACACACCGCUGCACCAAGUGCAGGAAGAGCUUUGCCAGCCAGCAAGACCUGUCCCAGCACCAGUGUGCGCAGAGCCGGCAGCAGCUACACCGCUGCAUCGAGUGUGGGAAGAGCUUCAGGCAGCCCUCCGACCUGGCCAGGCAUCGGCGCAUUCACACGGGGGAGAAGCCACAUCAGUGCUCGGUGUGUGGGAGGAGAUUUACCCGUUCCCGUGACCUGGCCAGGCACAAGAGCGUGCACACAGGGGAGAAGCCACAUCAGUGCUCUGUGUGUGGGAAAAGCUUUACCCGCUCCUGUCACCUGGCCAGGCACAGGCGCUUGCACACGGGGGAGAAGCCACAUCAGUGCUCGGUGUGUGGGAAGAGAUUCAGCGAAGCUGUUUACCUGGCAAGGCAUCAGCAUGUCCACACAGGGGAGAAGCCACAUCACUGCUCUCUGUGUGACAAGAGCUUCAGUCACUCCUCCAACCUGGCCCGGCACCAGCGCGUCCACACCCAGCAACAUCCAUAAUCCCGCCAGCAAUGCAGGAAGGGCUUGCGGACGCCGCCCUGCUCAGCCCUGCCCCGUGGUUGCAUUCAGGCAAGCAGGCUCGUGCUGGUGGAGUGCAGGAAGGGGGCACCCGUUGUAGGGCAGUGCAGCACCCAAAGGACCCGGAGACCGGCCCCCCAAGUUUGCUGGUAACACCUCCUGCAGAUGCCCGCACAGGUGCUGUGAGGAGACGAGCUUUGUAUCAGCCUUGGAGCCUGUGUCUUCCCAACUAAAUGAAGCCAGUGCUCCCAGGGAGAAAAGAAGUGCCUUCAUAACAGGGUGCCCUCCCCAAGACAGCUAGCUCCAAAUGACACCCCGGGACUGUCCUGGGCUAUCUCCCAGCUUUGUCCUCCCUCCUGGUCCCAGGGUUCCUCUAUGCGAGGCCCUUGAGGUGCAGCAAGGAGGACAUUUGUGGCUGGGAAAGCAUUCCCAAUCCUCCACCCUGACUUCACCUUUCCUCACCACCACAUGAUCUCUGUACUGUGCUGGGUGGCUGCAACUCCCCCUGCCCUCCUUCCCUUCAGUGCAUUCAUUAUAAUGCACCCUUUGCUAAUAAAGCCCCAGAACUGGACAUAA